CACUGUUUCAUCAGUCCCUACAUCACACACUAAUCCUUCCCCCAGCUUCACUGCCCAGAGCUUAGGAGCACAUGGGAAAUGGCUAUCCUAGAUGAGGAAGGAGUCUGUGGCAACAGGCCGAGAAUUAGGGCCCAGGAGUGUCACAGGUUACACAGUACAUCUCCAACUGCCUCUGACUCACCUAGUGCCCCAGGUAAAAGGCACCCAGAUAAAAGGUAGGGGAGGAGGAGAGAGAGAGAAGGAAGAGUCUAGGCUGAGCAACAUGAAGGGGCCCCCAACCUUCUGCAGCCUCCUGCUGCUGUCAUUGCUCCUGAGCCCAGACCCUACAGCAGCAUUCCUACUGCCACCCAGCACUGCCUGCUGUACUCAGCUCUACCGAAAGCCACUCUCAGACAAGCUACUGAGGAAGGUCAUCCAGGUGGAACUGCAGGAGGCUGACGGGGACUGUCACCUCCAGGCUUUCGUGCUUCACCUGGCUCAACGCAGCAUCUGCAUCCACCCCCAGAACCCCAGCCUGUCACAGUGGUUUGAGCACCAAGAGAGAAAGCUCCAUGGGACUCUGCCUAAGCUGAAUUUUGGGAUGCUAAGGAAAAUGGGCUGAAGCCCCCAAUAGCCAAAUAAUAAAGCAGCAUUGGAUAAUAA